AUGGCUAAUUGUCAUUAUGAACUUUCUAUUUCUAUUCCAUGCAAUGACCAUGACAAUGUGAAUGGUGAAUUGAAAAUCAGCAAAAAAAGGGGAACUGAGCUGUACUGUAUAGUAAAGCUGAAGAGGAAGAAGUGUAAUUGUUUUGUGUUGGACACUUUCUGUGUUAGCUUCAUACCACUUGCGUAUGAAAGGAUGAGAGUGUCCAUGUGCUACAAACUUCACGACAGUUGCGUUCCAAGCAAAAAGGAGUCAACCCGUUGCAUGACUUUAAUUCUGGUUUUGGCCUGUAUGACCAUCCUGGGGACCCUGCUUGCUAUUGCUGUGCUGGAAAGACCCCAGGCCCCCCCAAGUUCUCAAGACAUUGAUGAUCAUAAUGCCUCUAUAGACCAGUGCAGUAUGGCCAUUGUGGAGAGUAUUCCUCAACAUGUGCAAUACAAAGCCAACGCAACAUUUGGGAUCCCUUUGGAGAAAGCUUGGAAGGAGCUUCUCUCCAUAGCAACAGAAAAGGUGGAAGUGGUCUCUUUUUACUGGACAUUGACUGGGGAGGACGUCAAUAUCAACUCUUCCUCUGAUAGACCUGGACGGGAAAUCCUCGAGCAACUUCAAUCGCUUCCCUCCAGGAACGUCUCAGUCCGAGUGGUGACCAGCCUUCCGUCCCUCAUCACCAAUUCCACUGAUUUAAAGAUCCUAGAACAAAAAGGGGUUCACGUACGCAAGGUGAAUUUCGGACGCCUGACAAAUGGUGUGCUGCACAGCAAGUUCUGGAUAGUGGAUGGGCAGCAUUUGUUUAUAGGUAGCGCUAACAUGGACUGGAGGGCUCUGACGCAGGUGAAGGAACUGGGUAUGGUCAUCUACAACUGCUCCAGUCUAGCAAGGGACCUCCAUAAGAUCUUCCUGUCUUACUGGGUGAUGGGAGAGUCCAACAGCUCUCUGCCGCAGCACUGGCCCCCCACCUUUGACACUGACAUCAAUAAGGAGCACCCCCUGUUGGUGAAAGAGGAUAACAUCACCAGUAGACUCUACAUUGCAAGCUCCCCGCCAUCAUUCUGCCCUCAAUCAAGGACUCAGGACCUGGAUGCCAUCGUCUCCAUCAUCUCAGGAGCUCAACACUUUAUCGAUGUAGCUGUUAUGGACUAUUCCCCCAGCAUACACUUUCAACACCCAAAGAGAUACUGGCCCAUUAUUGACAACGCCAUCAGGGCAGCGGCAUUCGAGAGGAGGGUUAAGAUUCGAAUGCUUAUCAGCUGCUGGACCAACUCCUUUCCAGGAAUGCUACCAUUCCUUCAGUCACUCGCCUCCUUGGACAACUUCAAGGCUCACAUCAGCAUUCAAAUUAAGUUCUACGUCCUGCCAGUUGGAAACCAGACUAACAUUCCCUUUAGUCGAGUCAACCACAACAAAUACAUGGUGACUGACAAAGUGGCCUACAUCGGCACAUCCAACUGGGACGGGGACUACUUCCUGACCACAGCUGGAGUGGGUCUGGUCAUUUCCCAGCAUGCCCCUCACCCUAUAUGGAAGAGCAAGGCCGUGCAGGGCCAGCUCCAGGCCGUGUUCAACAGGGACUGGUACUCUAAGUUUGCAGUGCACCUCACUGACCUGGGCCACCACCCAGACUGUGCGCUGUCACCAUGAGUGAGGAUGAAGGUUCUUGAUACGUACAGUAUAUGUUUUGAACUAUAUCUUGAUAUCAGCAAUUUAAAUUCAUUUGGUGCAUUAGUUCUCUCACCGUGUUCUUUAUAAGCUAUCCUGUAUGAACUUUAAGCUUUUUUUUAUAUUGCCACUGACUCUAUGUCAAUGCCUGGAAUAAACAAUUACAGAAGA